AUGGCUGUUUGGAAAAAUAGAAUAGAAAAGAAAUUUUUUGCAUUGGAAUAAUCGUCAGUUUUGUUCACAAUAGGUGGGCGAACUCUCCAACCCAUUUCCAUUGCAAGUAUCCCGUUUGUAUUUGAUUUUUUUUUUCCGCUGCCACUGAUACUCCAAAGCUCUGUUAGUCUCACCAUUUCUAUCUAUAUCUAUCAAAUCAGUGUAGUUGUUUAGGAAAAUAAGAGUGUAGACGGUGGGAGGGAGGGAUGGCAGCUUUUGCAGGAAUUUGUUCUUCUGGUGUGCGUUUUAGAGGCAAAGAAUCAGGGUCUCUGGCUCAAUACCAUGGGCUCAGGCCAGUGGAGAAUAAACAAAUGGCUUCAGCUAUGGUUAGGCCAAGUGGGUCAAUUUCAUCUCCAGCUCGGAAAUGCAGAACAAUCAGGGCAGUGGCUUCUCCAACUGUUUCUGCUCCCAAAAGGGAGAAAGAUCCCAAGAAGCGAAUUGUCAUAACAGGAAUGGGCCUUGUUUCAGUUUUUGGCAGUGACAUUGAUACAUUCUAUGACAAACUCCUCCAAGGAGUGAGUGGGAUUAGCCUAAUUGACAGGUUUGAUGCUUCAAACUUUUCUGUCCGGUUUGGCGGUCAGAUUCGUGAUUUCUCUUCCAAAGGCUACAUUGAUGGGAAAAAUGAUCGGCGUCUUGAUGAUUGCUGGAGGUACUGUUUAGUUGCUGGCAGGAGAGCCCUUGACAAUGCCAGCCUUGGAACUGAAGUCCUUGAAACUAUGGACAGGUCGAGAAUUGGUGUUCUAGUGGGAUCAGGCAUGGGAGGCUUAACAGCAUUUAGCAAUGGAGUAGAAGCUCUUAUCCAAAAGGGAUAUAAGAAGAUAACUCCAUUUUUCAUCCCUUACUCCAUCACCAAUAUGGGUUCAGCAUUGUUAGCUAUAGAUACCGGCUUAAUGGGGCCCAAUUACUCCAUUUCAACAGCUUGUGCUACUGCAAAUUACUGCUUUUACGCAGCUGCCAAUCACAUUAGAAGAGGUGAAGCAGAUAUCAUGGUAGCUGGUGGGACUGAGGCUGCCAUUAUGGCUACUGGGGUUGGUGGCUUUAUAGCUUGUCGGGCUUUGUCUCAAAGAAAUGAGGACCCUCAGAAAGCCUCUAGACCAUGGGACAAAGAUCGUGAUGGCUUUGUCAUGGGAGAAGGCUCUGGUGUGCUGAUUAUGGAGAGCUUGGAGCAUGCAAUGAAAAGAGGAGCCAAUAUAAUUGCAGAGUAUUUGGGAGGUGCUAUUACAUGUGAUGCUCAUCAUAUGACCGAUCCCCGGUCGGAUGGUCUUGGAGUUUCUUCAUGCAUAGCCAAGAGUUUGGAAGAUGCUGGAGUUUCACCAGAAGAGGUGAACUAUGUGAAUGCUCAUGCAACAUCAACUCUGGCAGGGGAUUUGGCAGAGGUCAAUGCCAUCAAGAAGGUCUUCAAGGACACAUCUGAGAUAAAGAUGAACGGGACUAAGUCAAUGAUUGGACAUGGGCUUGGGGCUGCUGGUGGAUUGGAAGCCAUAGCAACCAUAAAAGCAAUCACCACUGGAUGGAUACAUCCAACCAUUAACCAAUAUAACUUGGAGCCUGAUGUAACAAUUGACACUGUUCCAAAUGUGAAGAAAAAGCAUGAAGUUCAUGUUGGUAUCUCUAAUUCAUUUGGCUUUGGUGGGCACAACUCUGUGGUUGUUUUUGCUCCUUUCAACCCCUAAAUAGCCAAAAACAAUGAGCUUUUCUUCUUCAAGAAAAAGUAAUUUUGGGAUGGUAUAAUUGUCUUAAGAAUAAUUGAGACAACAUCAGUAUCAGAAUCAUGUAUGGUGUAAUGAGUUUUGAUGACAAUGUAGUGCCUUUUCCCAUCUUCAUUUUCAAUCUUUCAUGAGGUCAGAUGAGUGUUUUUUCUGAAUGAAUAAAAUUGUCCUAUCUUUGUCUCUA